CGUCAUUAAUGGCCGAUGGAUGGGGUGCCUGAUGCCCAACGCACAACAUCACCAUCAAUGAUAAAACAACAAAACUACUUCAACUACCCCUACGCAUUCAACUCCAUUCUACUCUCUACCCCCUCCUUCCUUCCUUCCUUCCUUCCUAGCUACCUCUACGAAGUACCAGCAGCAGAAGAAGCAAUGGGGAUCUGCUGCAGCAAGGGGAAGGAGGAGCUUGAGGAGGGAUUUCCAUGGAAGCACGACGCCUUCUUCCACGACCAGCUUUGGAGCGCUGGCGUCUCCAUGCACACCAAGCAAGGCUGGAAGGGCGCUAACCAGGAUGCCAUGACUACCUGCCAGGACUUUGCGGGGCACAAGGGCCAGAUAUUUUGUGGAGUUUUUGAUGGGCAUGGCCCUCUCGGAAGGGAAGUUGCUCGCCAUGUCCGCGACGUCCUUCCAAUGAAACUAUCCUCCUCUUUGGCACUGAAAACUGAACAAGAUCCAUCCAGCAACACAGAUAAGGAAGCCUUGGAAAAAUCAGAUUGCACCUCAUUGAGCGAUACAAGCAAUGAGAAGCAAUUGUUAUCCACCUGGAAGAACAUAUUUGUCAAGACAUUUGAGGAUGUAGAUGAUGAUCUGAGACAAAAUUCUGGAAUUGACUGCAUUUGUAGUGGCACAACUGCUGUCACUGUCGUCAGGCAGGGUGAUCACCUGAUCAUUGCAAAUUUGGGCGAUUCACGUGCGGUUCUUUGCACCCGAGAUAGCAAGGACCGCCCAAUUCCAGUUCAACUAACCACUGACCUGAAACCAAAUCUUCCAAGCGAAGCUGAGAGAAUCCUGAAUUGUAAGGGGCGGGUUUUUGCCAUGGACGACGAGCCGGACGUGUCUAGGAUGUGGCUACCAGACCAAGACGCGCCGGGCCUCGCCAUGGCAAGGGCAUUUGGAGAUUUCUGCUUGAAGAGUCAUGGACUUAUCUGUACACCAGAAGUCUAUUACAGGAAGCUAUCCGAAAAAGAUGAAUUCUUGGUACUUGCUACUGACGGGAUAUGGGACGUGCUAUCGAACAAGGAAGUGAUCAAGAUCGUAUCGUCGGCUACUGACCAUUCCAAGGCCGCCAAGCAGCUGGUCGAGCGGGCGGUGCGCGCGUGGCGGCGCAAGUUCCCGACGUCAAUGGUCGACGACUGCGCCGUCGUCUGCCUCUUCUUGAAGCCUUCUCCGUCGUCGGAGGAGAGCACCCAUGUAGACGCGAAGGCGCCUCAGGUCGUGUCGUUCACGGGCAGCUUCCGCAAGGCCCUGGGUGGUGGCGGCGGCGGCGAGGCGGAGGAGGGUACGAAUGUAUGGAGAGCUCUGGAGGGGGUGGCUCGGGUGAACUCGGUGGUGAGGCUGCCGCGGAUGGACGCCGUGCUGAGCUGGCGGCGGCGGUCGACGUCGCUCGAGGAAGACGACGAUGCGAGGAUUGAUUGAUAACAGUCGCUUUCGUUGCUGGAAAACGUAAUCCAGAGGGUUUGAUUACAUGCUUUAAAUGGCAAAAAAUUAGGGAGACGCUUUAGAAGUUGAUUGACGUAAACGUAUGUCGCAUUCAGGUUGUUGAGUUGGAAUAGGGACCGAUACUGCUGCUGCUAUCCUCCCUCUCUUGCUUAACUUGAUUGUAGUAGCUGAAAAUGAUUGGCUAGCUGUUUUGGAUGUGGUGGCCUUUGUUUGAUUUAUUGUGAUUCUUCCUUCCUUAAUGGAGUACGCUAUCAACAAAUUAAAUGGACAUAUAUGAUUGAUGAUUA